UUAGAGCAAAAUUCAUUUCCUGCAUAAUCACAGACACUUCUCUGAGAAAGGAAAAGGAAGACCUAAUGUCUGGAAAGAAGAGAGCGAGAUACUCAUGGUUCUUGAAAGAAUAGAUAGUGGAAAUCUGGAUGAGAGCUUCCCCAAGCAUGGUGAGCAUCAUGUGGUUACAGCCCAACACCAAGAGGGCUUCUAACAGCUUCCCUUCAAAGGGUAGCAUCAGCACCCAAAGAGAGAAAUCUGUACACAAUUACCCCAAAGAGAAUGACCUAAAGAACAGUCUACGACAUGAAGCCAUGGUUCUUGGGGUGAUCCAAAUCUUGUGCUGCCUGAUGAUUUCAGGUUUGGGAGCUAUUUGGGUUUCAACCUCCUACUCCUUCAGCUUCAACCCUGAAGUUUUCACAAUGUUGGCAUCUGGGUACCCAUUUUUCGGAGCCUUGUGUUUUGCAACAAGUGGAUCUCUCUCAAUUAUCUCUGGAAAAAUAUCAACCAAGCCUUUUGCCAUGAGCAGCCUGACUUCAAAUGCAAUGAGUUCUGCCACUGCUGGGACAGGUAUCUUCUUCCUUGUUUAUGGCCUGGUGGUCCUGAGGACUGCUUCUCCACCUUGUUAUUCAAGAAAGGAGCAUUUAUCUCUAUUGCCUUAUUCAACAUAUAAAGACAAGGACUGUCUCCUGGCUGAUGUCAGUAUAACAUGUAUUCUGCUGCUGAUGUUUGUCUUCAGUGUGCUGGAACUUCUGCUAGCUGCCUAUGCUUCUGUCUUUUGGUGGAAACAUAUCUACUCCGGCAACACCAAGAGUGCACUCUCCUUGCCUCAGUCACAUGAGCAAAUCUAACAAGUUCAUCGUGGAUUAUGAGUGUCUCUCGAUUCAGAAGAAAGCCUAGUGCAAAUGGCAGUGUGACUAGACUCCUAAAAUCUCAACUCAUUUUAGAUACAGCAAUAAAGUUUUGAAAGU